AUGUCCACCUCCCAACCCCCAAAGAAGGACUGGUCAGCAACCCAAUACCUAAAGUUCAACAACGAACGUACUCGCGCCGUCUACGACCUCGUCUCCCAGAUUCAACCCCACAUCACCUCCCCAAAUCCCCGUAUUUACGACCUAGGUUGCGGUCCGGGAAACAGCACAAAAGUUCUCCUUGAUGCCUUCCCCUCUGCACGCAUCACAGGUAUGGAUAGCUCGCCUGACAUGCUGGAGAAAGCCAACACCGCGUUCUCCGACCAAGAAGCCGUCGAUUUCACAGCCGGAGACCUGGCAACAUUCAAAGUAGACGGCGAAACAAAUCUACUGUUUAGCAACGCUGUAUUCCACUGGCUCCGCUCCUCAGAACGUAUCCCCACUCUAGUCCGCCUCUUCGAGUCUUUGCCCAAGGGAAGCGUACUAGCCAUCCAAGUACCGGACAACUACCACGAAUCUUCCCACCGCCUCAUGCGCGACACGGCUUCUCAGUCCUCAAAACCAUGGUCUGCUUCCUUCGCUUCAACUAAAAUCGGUGACUUGUCGGAUACUACGCGUCCGGAUCUCGAUCCCAUUGAACCACCGUCUGCGUUCUACAAUGCACUGCUUCCAUAUGCGGGUCAUGUAAAUAUCUGGAGGACAAACUACAUGCAUGUGCUUAAAGACGCGGGGGCGAUUGUGGAGUGGGUCAAGGGAACGGGCUUGCAACCUUAUUUGAACAGAAUUGAGGGGGAGGAGGCGAAGAAGGCGUUUUUGAGCGAGUAUGAAAGGGGAUUGAAGGGAGAGUACCCAGAGUUGGAGGAUGGAAAGGUGCUUUUGGGGUACCCGAGGUUGUUUGUUGUUGCUGUGAGAAAGUAG